AUGGCUGAAUACUUUAAAGAAGCAAGUAGAUGUCUCGUGUGUCUGGACUAUCUUGAAAAACCAAUGUAUCUGAAGUGUGGAUUUGUCUGCUGCUUCCGCUGCAUCACCUCCCUGCACAGGGAGCCCCAUGGGAAGGGCUUGCUCUGCUCCUUCUGCUCCGUGGUCUCUCAGAGGAAUCACCUCAGGCCCAAUCGGCGGUUGGGGGGGCUGGUUUCCAGGGUCAAGGACCUGGACCCCCACCUGAGAGCUGCUCUACAGAUGAACCCGAGGAUGCUGAAGUUCCAAGUGGCUAUGACCUUGGAUGUUGACACGGCAAACAACUUCCUCAUCAUUUCUGAUGACCUGAGGACUGUCCGAUGUGGGAAUUUCAAUCAGAAUCGGAGAAGACGUGCUGGGAGAUUCAAGUCUUCAAUCUGUGUCUUGGGCUCCCAUCAGUUCACCUCUGGCCGCCAUUACUGGGAGGUGGAUGUUGGCGCAAGCAAAGAGUGGGACCUGGGUGUUUGCACAGAAUCUGUUAAUCGAAAAGGGAAAAUCCAUCUGUCUUCAGAACUUGGAUUCUGGACUGUCGGUUUGAGAAACGGAGAGUCCUACUCAGCCAGCACGACUCCCGUGACAACCCUGGGUGUGAACCUCCGGUUACACCGAGUAGGGAUUUUCCUGGAUAUGGAUAUUGGCAACAUUUCCUUUUGUGAUGUCAGUGAUGGAUCCCAUAUAUUUACAUUCACCAAGAUUUCUGCUAUGGAGCCACUGCGUGCAUUUUUCGCUCCUUCAAUCCCAAGUAAUGACGAGCAAGGCGUCUUGCGUGUCCUGUGACAAGUCUAAGCACUGCUAUGCCUCCACUUUAUCCUGGGAAAGACAAAUGAACUUUUGACCACAAAAAACAUACAUGGAAAAUUACUUUGUA